AAAUCCCCCAAAUACAAAGAAAAGAAAAAGAGAAGAAAAGAAGAAGAAAGCAACUAGGACAUUGGCACUUGGUAGAUAGUAAAACGCACAAAACCAAACACUCUAACUCAAAACACAAACACCAGUACCAUGUACCUUCUUUCACUUCCUCCUUAAAAAAACACACCCAUUCCAAACCACGCGCGGUAACGUAAACACCCACGCGCCACCGUUUAUAUUACUUCCAAUGGGUUGCGCAGCAUCCAAGCUAGAAAACGAAGAUACAGUGCGACGGUGCAAAGACCGUCGCCGUCUUAUGAAAGAAGCUGUCUAUGCUCGUCAUCACCUCGCCGCUGCUCACUCCGACUACUGCCGUUCCCUCCGUCUCACCGGCACCGCCCUCUCCACUUUCGCCUCCGGUGAACCUCUCUCCGUUUCUGAUAACACUCCCGCCGUUUUCAUCAACCACAAAACCACCACCACCCCAACAACCACCACUACCACCUUUCACCACCCACCACCACCGCAACCGAAACCUCAGCCACCACCACCGUCUUCCUUCCACCGUCCUCCUCCACCGGCGUCACCCACAAUAGCAUCUUCAAAACUCCCUCACAUACUCUCUGCAUCAAGUACUCCUUCCACAAACCACCAACCUCACCACCAACAACGCCGCCGUAAACCACCGCCACCAAAACUACCUCACAUUCUCUCCGAUUCAAGUCCUUGUUCUACUCCAAGAAGCGAUAACUUUGCUUCGAAUUUCUUCCCUACAGCACAUUCUACAUACUCUUCAACGCCUUCUCAAACUUCUUCAGUUUGGAACUGGGAAAAUUUCUACCCUCCACCACCACCGCCACCUGGCUCCGAUUAUUUCGACAGAGAACAUGAACAUGAACGUGAAAAUGAAGAUUCUGCUUCGCAGUUCUCUUUUAAGUCAAGAAAUAGUGAUGUUUCAUAUUCCCGACAACAACCUCAACAGCAACAAAAACAACCUCAAACAAAGACAGAAGCAUAUCAACAUCAACAACAACAUCGUUAUGUUAAUCCAACAUCACAUGAAGUUGAAGGAUUUGAUUCUGAGAGAUCAGAAUAUGAUUUUUUCAAUGAAAAAUUAGCUAUGGUUGAGAAGAAUCAUAAUCAUGGUCAUGGUCAUGGUCAUGGUAAUCAUCACUUGGAGGAACAAACUGAGACUGAGAGAGAGGAAGUUGAGUGUAGUGAAUGGGGAGAUCAUUACAGUACAACAACAUCUUCUGAGGAUGAUGAAGAGGAGGAAGAAGAAGAAGAUGAUGGGGUUGAUGGUGAUGUUGAGUCAAGGUCUGAGAUUGGGACUAGGUCGAAUUUCGGGUCAUCGUCUGCUGCGAAAGGAUAUGUGGCGGCGGUGGGGAAAUCGGAGGAUUUGGCGUCGUCGUCGUCCACGGGUGAAGGGAUGAUGGAGAUGAAAAUGGUGGUGAGGCAUAGAGAUUUGAAGGAGAUUGUGGAUUCAAUUAAGGAGAAUUUUGAUAAAGCUGCUGUUGCUGGAGAUCAGGUUUCUGAUAUGCUUGAGAUUAGUAAAGCUCAGCUUGAUCGAAGUUUUAGGCAAUUGAGGAAAACUGUGUAUCACUCAAAUAGCUUAUUGAGCAGCCUGAGUUCAACUUGGACAUCAAAACCGCCGUUGGCAGUUAAGUACCGGCUGGACGCCGCUUCGUUGGAUGAACCGGGUGGUCUAAAGAGUCUUUGCUCCAGUUUAGAACGGCUUUUGGCUUGGGAGAAGAAGCUCUAUGAAGAAGUUAAGUCAAGAGAAGGUGUGAAGAUUGAACAUGAAAAGAAAUUAUCAUCUCUGCAGAGUCAGGAAUACAAAGGAGACGAUGAAGCAAAGAUCUUCAAAACCAAGUCUGCCAUAAAUAGGUUGCAGUCGCUAAUUGUUGUUACAUCGCAAGCUGUGUCUACCACCUCGACUGCUAUUAUUGGUCUUAGAGACUCUGAUCUUGUUCCUCAGCUUGUUGAGCUCUGUCAUGGAAUGAUGUACAUGUGGAGAUCAAUGCAUCAGUACCAUGAAGUUCAAAGCAACAUAGUGCAGCAAGUCCGCGGUCUCGUGAAUAGAUCAGGAGGUGAGUCAACUUCUGAACUGCACAGGCAGGCAACUCGUGACCUUGAAUCGGCUGUCUCGGCUUGGCACUCCAGUUUUUGCCGCCUCAUAAAAUUUCAACGGGACUUCAUUCUCUCCCUACACGGCUGGUUUAAGCUUAGCCUUAUGCCAGUCGAUAAUGAUAACGUCAACAGGAUGGAACACUCCGACGCGUACAUGUUUUUUGAUGAUUGGAAGCUUGCACUUGACCGCGUUCCCGACACAGUUGCAUCAGAAGCCAUCAAGAGCUUUAUCAACGUUGUCCAUGUCAUAUCUUCCAAGCAAGCUGAAGAGCUCAAGAUAAAGAAGCGAACCGAAAAUGCUUCCAAGGAACUCGAGAGAAAGGCUUCGUCCGUACGGAAUUUAGAAAGAAAGUUUUACAGCUCGUAUUCUAUGGUAGGGAUUGGCAUUCCUGACACUGGACCUGAUAACGGACAAGGGUUGGAUGCACGCGAUCCACUUGCUGAGAAAAAGAUGGAACUAGCAACCUGCCAAAGACGUGUUGAAGAUGAAAUGACGAAGCAUUCAAAAGCUGUAGAGGUAACAAGAGCAAUGACACUCAACAAUCUACAGACAGGUUUGCCUGGAGUCUUUCAGGCGUUGACCAGUUUUUCUUCGUUGUUCACCGAGGCUCUUGAUUCGGUGUGUACUCGUUCGUAUGCAAUCAAGUAGGUAUAAUAUAUUAUAAUUUUAUUUGUUAUAUGCUUGGAAUCAAAGUUCUUUUUUAUAAGGGCUGGGAAUUUUUUUGGCGGCAAGCUCUUAUUGCUCGUACUAUUUCGAGUAUUAUAUUUUGAAAUGUAAAUAUGAAGGAAUUUUGUGGCUCUCCACUUAUUUUGUUGGGAAAAGGGAAUUUUCUUAUUGUACAGGAAAAUUUCUUGGUUUAUUGUAUCAGAGAAUUGCAAAUUUCAAUAUAUCAAUAAAUUAUAAUUUACAGGCAA